AUUCAGUGUGACUGGCAGGGCGGGCAGACUUGGACAUUAGAUGCUUUUAAGGGAUCGUGCACAAACAUAUCGCGCUGCUCCUGCUGCUGAGACGCUGCGGUGACAAACACAGAUUGAUAGCUGGGAUCUUGGCGUGUCACCGCGUGUGUUUUCUGCUCCAGCACGUCGGAGAUGCCUCACCGAGGGCUGCUUUUAAAGGACCUGUUUUGAAGAAUCCAAUCCAGUGUUCCAGUUUGAUAAGAAAGACAGCAUUUUAUGUCUUGCAGAGGAAACAGCCAAAUCAUUUGGAUGACAAUGAUGUCUUGUGGGCAUUGCAGUUCUUUGAAACAUCUCUGGAAAUGGAGUGAGAAGAUACAAUAGUGUACAGGGUGGAAGGAAGAGACACACAGAAACCCAGAGGAAACCUCCAGCAGAUGGCUGAUGGUGGAGGCAUUGACUCAAGGAUAUGCUUUCAGUCUGGGGAUGGAACAAGAAGAAGGUGUUUUUGAUCAGGGGAGCACCAGGAGGUGGAGGUAAACCCUAUAAUGUGUUUUUAGAUGAGAAACAACUCAGACUAAGCCACAUUCUGAGACACCACGAGAAAAAAUAGUACUACAGUGGCAGGCAAAUUUGAAGACUGACACAAAGAGCAGCUUCAGAUGAACUAGGACUCCCUACAUGUCCAGUACUGGGUGUAUGCACAGAGUAUACCCGGCCCGCCCUGUGGAUUUCUCUUUGUUUCAUGUGGAUUUAUUGCUGACACACAAAAUGGACUGAGUUUUUUGAAUGUUGUCAGUCUAAUGAUAAUGCCAUCAGUCUGAGACGCUGUGGAGAAAUGUCUGACAUUAAGAUGCAAACACCUGUUGGAAGAGGAUGCAUCAGAGACAGGUUUACAAAAACUAUCAACUGCAGACAAGAAAUCCCUGUCUGUUAUUUCUUCAUCCUUCUCUUCAUACUCCUUUUCUCUCUGGUUACACCCGCUCUGUCCAUUCACAUGGAGGCCAUAGAGAGCCACAGUGAGUUCAGCUGUGAGCCCAUCAGACUGAGAAUGUGCCAGGAUCUGCCUUACAACACCACCUUUAUGCCCAAUCUCCUGAAUCACUACGACCAGCAAACAGCCGCGCUAGCCAUGGAGCCUUUUCAUCCUAUGGUAAACCUGGUGUGCAGUGCUGAUCUGAGGAUGUUCCUGUGUGCCCUGUAUGCCCCGGUGUGCACCAACUAUGGCCAGAUGUCCAUGCCAUGUCGAUCUCUCUGCCAGCGGGCCAAGGAUGAGUGCCAUAAACUCAUGGAGAUAUUUGGAGUAGCCUGGCCAGAUGACAUGGAGUGCAGCAGGUUUCCAGAUUGUGAUGAACCCUAUCCUCGUCAAGAGGACCUGCAAACCAGCUCUGAACCCACUGACGAGUCAUCCAUGACCGUUCAGAGAGAUUAUGGUUUCUGGUGCCCCCGAGAGCUGAAGAUCGACCCAGACCUCGGUUACACUUUCAUGGGCAGGAGAGACUGUUCUGCUCCGUGCCCCUCAAUGUUCUUUAACCAGCAGGAGCUUACCUUCACUCGAUACUUUAUUGGAGUCGUCUCCAUUGUGUGUCUGUCGGCAACACUCUUCACCUUCCUGACGUUCCUCAUUGAUGUUACAAGGUUCAGAUACCCUGAGCGACCAAUCAUCUUCUACGCAGUGUGUUACGUCAUGGUGUCACUAGUGUUCUUCCUGGGCUUCCUGUUGGAAGACAGGGUUGCUUGCAAUGCAGUCAGCCCUACACAGUUCAGGGCUUCAACCAUAACACAGGGAUCACACAACAAGGCAUGCACCCUGUUCUUCAUGGUCCUGUAUUUCUUCACCAUGGCCGGCAGUGUGUGGUGGGUCAUUCUGACAAUCACUUGGUUCUUGGCCGCAGUGCCUAAAUGGGGCAGCGAGGCCAUCGAGAAGAAAGCCCUCCUCUUUCAUGCCGUCGCCUGGGGCCUCCCAGGGGCCCUGACUGUCACCCUGUUGGCCCUGAACAAAAUUGAGGGAGAUGGGAUCAGUGGAGUGUGUUUCAUAGGGCUGUAUGACAUAGACGCCCUGAGGUGGUUUGUUCUGGCACCGCUCUGCCUCAAUGUGGCGGUUGGCGUCUCCCUGCUUUUAGUGGGCAUUGUCGCUUUGAACCGUGUGCGUAUGGAGAUCCCACUGGAGAAGGAAAACCAGACCAAACUAGUAAAGUUCAUGAUCCGAAUGGGAGUGUUCUCUGUGCUCUACCUGGUCCCCUUGUUGACUGUGAUCGGGUGCUACAUGUAUGAACACACCUACCGGAGCAUUUGGGAGACGACGUGGAUGGAGGAGAACUGCAGGCGCUACCACAUCCCCUGUCCAUACAAGGUUGAGCAGACCGGCAGGCCACUCAUGGUUUUGUUUCUGAUCAAAUACCUGAUGAUGUUGGUGGUGGGGAUUCCCUCUGUUUUCUGGGUGGGCAGUAAGAAGACCUGUUAUGAAUGGGCCAGCUUCCUGCAUGGACGCAGACGCAAAGACAGUGGAGUGAAUGAGUCUCGCCAAGUGCUGCAAGAGCAACCAGACUUUGCCCAGUCUCUGCUGCGUGAACCCAACACUCCCAUUAUUAGAAAGUCCAGAGGGACAUCCACUCAGGGCACCUCCACCCAUGCCUCCUCCACCCACUUGGCUGUUGUAGACGACCUUGACGAGCCGGUAAGGACUCACCAAGGACACCCCACCUCUACCAGGAGUAAGGCCAGCAGCGUCCACAGCAAGGCCAGCUACCACGGCAGCCUGCGACGUUCCCGAGACGACAGGAGCGACACUAUGGUUUACCGAGGUACAGAGGACCGCAGUUUCCAUGGCAGCAUGCCACGUCUCGACCACCCGCUCUCCACACACAGCAGCCUCCAUCAGAUAGACGGCCACUCAAGGCACAGCAGCCAGCGAGACGUGUCAGAAGCUCCGCCUACCCUCAUCACCCACGGAACCACAGCCAGCGACAGCCGAGUCACUGAGAAUGACGGCACAAGCGCCUGAGAGGUGUCACAAACUCCACACGAAAAUCUUUGUAGGAACGCUGCCUUAUAAAGGAAGGUUUGCCCUCAGCAGAUACACAGCGUGCCAUUUAGUGUGUGUUUGCUUUUCUGAAAAAGGAGAAUGUACCAGUGAGUGCUGUGGUGGGGAUUUUCGGUGUUAGCUCCUUACUGGUCAUGUGUGAGCAGUGCGGCUACAUGCUAACACAGUUCAGUCAGUGAAGUUUCACUGUCAGCUGGACAAGUUUGUUUACUUCAUUAUUGCAAUUUAAAUAGGGGUUUACUCCUGAUUGCUCGACUCAGACAGACUGAGACAACAUGAAUAAAUCCACCUCGUCAGACUUUUGGUGACAUCACUUCAAGACAUUAAUCAGGGAAAGAUGAGGAAAUCUAAACUAGCACUGGACAAGAAAAAGACUGACAAAAUGCGUAACGAGAAGUUUGUGUGUUUUAGAUUGAAUGCAUUUCCUGCAGGUCUGCUCCGUUUUGUUUAUUCGAGCAGUGUGCAGGCUGGACAGCAGUUUGGUCCUGAGUGUUGCAUCAUCCAAAUGAUGAUGGCAUUUUUUGCUAAUUGAGCAGGACCUACAUGGAUAUUGUUGAAUAUGUGAACACUGCCCAGUACUGUUUUUGUAACAAUCUUACAUAGCUUGUCUAUCUUGGUAAUGUCUCACAUGAAACUUGACUUAUUUCAGUCUCGACCAUAGACUUGUUUAUUUCCAACCUUUGUUUGUUCUGGACUGCAGCUCUUAGUGAUGCUUAUUUUUGCGUGGCAUCAGAGACCGACAAAUACGGGCCUAGCGUGAAAUCGUGGACCUCUCUGUGGUUAAGUGAAAUAUUUUUAUACUGUGAAAAUUGUCUGUCUGCUGCUGAAAGCGCGUGUGUGUGUGUGUGUGUGUGUGUGUGUGUGUGUGUGUGUGUGUGUGUGUGUGUGUGUGUGUGUGUGUGUGUGUGUGUGUGUGUGUGUGUGUGUGUGUGUGUGUGUGUGUGUGUGUGUGUGUGUGUGUGUGUGUGUGUGUGUGUGUGUGUGUGUGUGUGUGUGUGUGUGUGUGUGUGUGUGUGUGUGAAAAAUGGAGACAUCAGAGGUGAUAUGUUUUAAACUUUAAUUCCUCCCUUGAGCUGAUGGAGGGAGCUGAAAGAUGAACACUAGCACAACCCGAAUGUUAAAGGGUUGUUUGAGAGUCACAGAGAAAGUGAUUUAAUACAGACACGCUGAUGUGAAAUGAUCUGGAAUCAUUUCUGUGCACUUACUUGCAUGCAUAGACAUUAAUUCCAGCUCAUCUGAAAACCGUUUUAGCACUGACCCUUCUGCACAGAGGCUUUAGCUCAAAGAAAGACGAGGCAGCUUUAGAAACAAACAAAAUACCAGUUUACUCAACCACUGCAUGUUCAAUGUUUUGUAGUAAAAUCUUAAGAAUUAACAGAAUAGUCAGGUCAGAGUCUACAAUUUGCCUCACAGCUUUAAAAUCUGUAUAACAUAUGACACGCUCUGUUCACAUUUAGAAUAAGAGAACAGAUAAAUGUCAACUGACAACAAGAGUAUUGUAACAAAUUCAGGUAUCCAUCACUGCAUUCAAACCUCAUGGCUGCAUAGAAGUUUCAAAUGGAAACAGUGCUUCUGCUCUGACAUUGUCACAUUUCUUUGGGAGAGGAAAUGCUUUUUUUCUUAUGUAGUAUUCACCCAUGUACUUUAUAUGUACUUAUACUGCUACUGUACAGGCUCAGUGAUCAUGUGUGUUUGUGUUCUUCAGACCUGGAAGGCAAAUUCUCCUAAAGAGGAGCAGACAUUUGGCAGGAGGGCUGAACGAUUUGAGGAAAAUAUAUAAAGGAAAUGUGAUUUGCGAUAUAAUUUUGUCAAUCCAGUAUUUAACUGUAAUACAAAGAGGACGGCAUGAAUUUUUAUGCUCUGAGUCAGAUACACAUCAUGACAUGUAUGCUAAACUGCAGCCUUUGGGAUUUAUUAAUUGCAUUGUUCAGUCAGAUAUUGUUGAAUCGUUCUUUCCUAAUUAGCACUCAAACUGCAGAGAAAAAACAUUCAGCCAUUGUGCUUUUUAUGCUCUCUGACAUUUAUGUUACACUUGUUAAGUAAAUGUUACAAGAAGUGUGUAUUGUAAAUGUUUUUCUAAACCUUGUGUUCCGUUCUGCAAUCCCUCAAAACCCAAUUUUAACCUACCUCGCCUGUAACCUCAGCCUUCUCAGUUCCUGCACACACAUUACUGGGUGCUUUUUGGAAAGUUACUAAAAAACAGGCAUGAAGUCCAUCCAUACAAUCACUUCAGUACAAAUAUCGGUGCUUAUUUCUGAAGAAUCUCAACUAGUGUAUGAUUUAACAGUAGAAUAUCUGUAGCUGGCUGUCCGUCGUCCCACAGUUGGCUUUGUACUUUUCCGGUCUACCUCCCCUCGGGUCAAGCUAACUCUGCCUUUCACUGCUGCCUCUCUCCUCCUGUCUGCUGUUACUUGUUUCCACUUCAGUUUCCCAUGACCGGCUACCUUCUGUCAACUUGUCUGCCUGCAUAUCUGUUGUACAUACUGUAGAUUUUCUGUACUGUGUGAUGACUAAUCUGCCUCAUAUCUGCCUUCUGCCUCUCCUCCUGUUCAUGUGCCCACGCUAAUAUUUUUUUGGACCUACAGCAACUGUCUGUACUCUUGCAAGUCGUGACUGCUUACAAACGUUAACCGUUGUGCUUUUUACCUCUAAAUUGGACGUAACAAAGAGACAUUCUGUGGUCGAUGCUACAUCGUUUAACUCAAUACAAUGAAAGAGGAACUUUGUCCUUUUUCAGCUGUUAGAUAUCUCAUUCUUGUGAGAUCUUCAAUAUUAGUCUGUCACAGUGAAACUUGAAGACAAGAGCUCCCCUUACUACUUUGAUGUCAUGUUGUGAUGCUGUUUCAAAGUGAAUGACAGUAGCUUGAAAGUAUGACACAUUUUCAACGAUGGUUCAAAAAGCGUAAUAAUAUUGUGAAUUUUGAAACUUGACUUGUAUUUGCCUUUUAAUUUAUUUGCAGUUUGAAGCUGUACUUCUUGUACCUGCAGUCUAAUAAAUUUUUUAUAGACUUCACUUUUUGUUUUCUGUGAAUACAUACUUGCAGACGGAUUCUUGCUGACUGAUGUUGCCACCACACCUGCAGGGGUCGGUUUAACAAAGAUCCUUUAGACUGGUCUGUACAGUUAGGUUAGUCAAAUGCAUGAACGACAGUUUUUUAAAACACUGACUUAUUUUAAGCCUAUACUGUAAUUUCCGGUCAGACUUCGAUGUGUUUCCUAGGAAAUGCUCUGUGACAAAAUAAAGGAAAACAUGGUUCUUCA